AUGAAAUCCUACAUCAAGAAUAGCCUGAGGAUCGGGUUUGCCAAGGAAGUCUCCACGGGCCGUAUAGAGUCUGUGUCUCUGGAGGUGGCCAGGAGGUUUGAGCUGCUGUCGAGCAUCUGCGACAACAGGGCCCUGCCUGAGUUUCCUGUUGGCGUGGUUAGGGAGAUAGUCAGCCUGUGUAGCGAUCUAGAGGACCUUGCGCCCCACUAUGAAAUGCCUGCGGAGUAUGUCGACUAUGUAAAAGAGAACAGAGAUGUUCUUGGAUAUUUUGAGAGGUCUGAAGACAGUGUCAAGAGUGAGGAGGUUCGGAUAAUCAACAAGAGGAAAACAUUUGACAUCUUCAGAGGUAUGGUGGAAAAGGGAGAGGAGAUGUGA